GCUCUGGAGACAACUUCAGCUGUAGCUGCAUAAUGACUCAUUCUGCACAAACGUCAUCUCCACACUGUUAGUGCUCUUGUAAGAUUCCAGAUCACAUCAACGUUCUACCUUCUUCAUCCCAGGAAGGGCUUUAUUGGAUUAACUGAUUGUUGGGUUUGCAUCCUCCAGUGAGGAGGAAAAGUGCAAGAGAGGAGAUAAGACUUGUAUCAGUGAACAGAGGAGACAAUGCUCCUCUGCUGUUUAAAACAUUGACGAGCAGUUCCGUGGGGCGUGGACAUUAUGGGCAGCCGACCGAGCAAGUGCAGGCACCAGAGCAUGACCAUGAUUUCAUCCAACCCAACCAACCAACUCUCUCCAGAUAUAAGCAAAGUUAUGACGGUAGUGGCACUGUAUAAUUACCCGUCAACAUCUGAUACUGAACCUGUUAUUAGUGUGGGCGAGAGACUGAAUGUUGUUAGCGAGGAAGGCGAUUGGUGGAAAGUGGUGUCCUUGGCAACUGGCAAAGAAUGUCACAUCCCUUGUAAUUAUGCGGCAAAGGUGUAUCACAGGUGGCUGUUUGAAGGUAUCAGCAGAGAGAAGGCAGAGGAACUGCUUCUGUUACCUAGCAACCGAUCAGGGGCUUUCAUGAUCAGAGAAAGUCAGACCAGGAAAGGUUCCUAUUCAUUGUCUGUUCGCCGAUCCAACAAUGCAUCAUGGGAUUCCAUCAAACACUACCGCAUUCAUCGCUUACCCAAUGGCUGGUUCUACAUCUCCCCUCGGCUCACUGUCCCAUCCCUGCACGAUAUGGUGGAUUAUUAUUCAGAAUGUGGUGAGGGACUGUGCUGCACUUUGAAGGAGCCUUGUCACAUCCAGGGACCUCGCGUGGCCCAGCAACAUCACCCAGACCCCAUCAUGGUGCAGAAUCCUCAGCUCAACUGGAACGAAGUGGACAGCUCUGUUUUGAUCAGUGACAACAAGGAGUCGGGAGAGGAGUCACCCGUCAGCAUGGGUCUACGUGAAGCCAUCAACUCUUACUUGUUCAUGACAGAGGAGAUGGACCUCGAUAAGAUGAGUGACAAAACAACACGUUUGAAAACACUGCAAGCCCGAUUACAGAGCAGCCAGCGACAUGUUAACCUUAACACGGUGGGGAAUCUCGGUCACCUCAACUUCAACUCAGCUGGACUUUAACCCCAAAACGAGAAGAACUCAGGGGGGUGGCUGGUGUGGACAUCACUGUAUUGCCUUUAAGUUAUUUGCUGUGGUCAGUUAAGCUGCACUUUGUUCCUUUUUGUUGUUCUUUUUAUUUAGGUGAAUGGGUCAUGUGGCCCAUUGCUCUCAGUGUUACACUAUCGAGGACAGGUUUAACUAAGGUUGCUGGGUCGAGCUGGAUAUAUUCGGAAUGGUUUCAUCAAGUCGGAGUUAUCAUGCUCAGACCCAGUCAAACAUCCCUCUUUUCAGCCCCAUCUCCAGUGUUGUUUUGUUCAUUCACGGGAUGAGGGUGACCCCAGCUGGGCCAGCAUUUCUUGCCCAUUGCUGGUUGCCCUCGAGAAGGUGGUGGUGAGCUGCCGUCUUGAUUCACUGGUGUAAUUGCGCUGUGCUCACCCUCCCAUGCCACAAGGGAGAAUGUUCCAGGAUACUGACCCAGUGCCAGUGAAGGAAUGGCGAUACAUUUCCAACUCAGGAUGGUUCCCAGGUCCGAGUUGAGGCAUGGCUCGGGUCACCUGAAGCACUCCAUCCACCUACUACGGUGGCUUCAGUUUACACUGCAGAACCUGCUGCUGGUCUCUUGGUAAAACUUACCCCAUUUUUUUCCUCCAUCAUGGCUGAUUUUGCACCCUGUCCCAAUUUCACUUUACGUUGCCGUUAAUCAACAAAGAGCAAUAUUCGGAGAAAGUGAGGACUGCAAAUGAUGGAGAUCUGAGUCAAAAGGUGUGGCACUGGAAAAGCACAGCCGGUCAGGCAGCAUCCAAGGAGCAGGAGAAUCAACAUUUCAGGCAUAAGCUAUGCUUGAAACAUCGACUGUCUUGCUCCUUAGAUGCUGCCUGACUGGCUGUGUUUUUCCAGCACCACACGUUUUAACAAAGAGCAAUAUUUGGUUGGUGUGAAACUGGCAUUCCAUUUAAUCCUGUGAGAUCACUCCCAGCAAGUUUGCUCUAAAACUCCCCCCACUCCCGUCUCAAAAAGAUGCUGCUUUUUGAGGCAAAGUUUUGAGGUGGAGACUUUUCCCUUCAAAAGCCAAAGCCAGAUUUUCUUCUGGCACUUCUGAACCUUGUUUAAGUCAAUGCCGAAAACAUGGGGGUUAAGAGAGUAAAAGAGUUGGGUUUCUAGCAAUGUUUUAAAGAAGGGAAACAGGAGAUGGAGAGCUGCUGGGAGGGAAUUGCUCUUCUUAAGGCCAGGCACAGCCAUCAGAAAUGGAAGUUUUCGUACAUUGGAGGAAAGCAAGAUGCCAGCGUUAGAUGAGAAGAAAUAUUUCAGAGGAAAGGCCAGGGGGAGAUUUGAAAAUGAAGAAGAGAAUUGCUCAACUUGGAACAUCAAUUUAUACAGCAAUUCUUGUAGUCCUUUCCUAAUAUCCUCUUGCUGGGACACCACGGCUUGAAAAUUGCCAUGAUUUGGAGAUACCGGUGUUGGACUGGGGUGUGCCAAGUUAAAAAUCAACCACCUGAUGAAGGAGCAUCGCUCCGAAAGCUAGUGCUUCCGAUUAAACCUGUUGGACUUUAACCUGGUGUUGCGUGAUUUUUUAACUUUGAAAAUUGCCACAAUCUCCUUGUGAGGAGCAAAGAGUGUAAAGGCAGUCCCCAGUUUUGGGUCUCCAGCCAUUGUGCCCAACGAGAUCACCCCUCAAAAACCAGCUCUCCCCACUUUUUCAACAAGAGCUAUCCAAAUACCCUUCCAUUUCCAUUCUCCAUCAUGUGUCUAUCUAGCUUUGCCCUUGACUGAAUCUGCUAUUCACUGCAUCUCGUCCAUGUGGUUGAUAAUUUUAUUCUAACUACUCGCGGGGGAAAAUAUAUUUGUUGGAUUCCUUUGUCAGUUCGAUUAAAAAGCAAAUCUGUGCUGGCUGUGAACUUGUGGAUGAGUGGGAAAAUGUCAUAAGGGUAAGGAAUGAGCUAUUACAAUGUGACCAGUUCCUUGUAAUUGAUAUCAUUUAGUGGUGACAUGGGUCGGAAAUAUGUUUAUGCAUCAGGUCCUAGGAUCAGAUUGCAGCUUUUGUAACAAAACUGCAAAGCAAGCAAAAAGGAACCUCGUGCCCCUUUGUGAUCUCGAUCACAGACCUUGCUUCCUGUAGAACAUCUAGUUCACAGGAACUUGAGACAGCUGUCUGGUCACCGAAUGGAAAAUUUCACCAGCAUUGGCCUUAUGCAGUAUCGUAUCCAGCUCUUGGAAAAGGCAUGAGGUCGCAAACUAAAGUAGACCCAUAACAAUGGGCUAAUCAGAGCUGAGAUCAGAUAGAUAUCGAGAUUGUAACGCAAUCAUAAUUGUGAAAAAGAAUUGAAUAAUCUCUGACUUGCAUGAAACUGUGCAAAAUGCAAGUUGUCUCAAUCCAUCAUCUGCACUUGAGAGGAAGUGCCAAAGAUGUGCACACCAUUUCCAUGGAGUGUGACUGAGCAUUCCAGGGACUUGGAAAAAGGAAGUCUUUUGGGUUGAAAGCCAAAAUGAAAAUACACAGCUCACAAUAUGUGUCUUAGCUUUCUUUAAGGUGUGUUCCCACUGAGCAACACCCUGGGACACAGGGAGUGUCUGUCCUAUCAAGAGUUAAUUUUUACAUGUUAGUAGUUGUGAAUGCCAAAUGGUUUCCAACAUUUGAAGUUGUGUAGUCCAUUGGAGUUGCAUGAGAAUGGAGUUAACAGUUUGGUCCAUUGGAAAUAUUUGGAUUUGCAACUAAGUCCAGUGCAACUAAAUGCAAAUAAAUGCAAUAAUAUAUUUUAUCGAAGAGGAAAUGAUCUGUGUUCUUGGAAUUGCUGGCAUCAGAAAGGUGUGCUGGCUCAGAGGAAAUCAAAAAAACCUGGACUCAAGCAAAGAUAGUGCUGUAUAAUUUAUUUGACAAA